UUCUUUUGUUCCCUUACCCUUUUCCUCUUCCCCUCCUCCCCUCCUCCCCUCUUAUCCUUGACCGUGAUCUCCAGGCAUGCCGGUCUGCACCCUCCAGCUUCCCUGCAGCCGAUCGUCGUCGUUAUCUUAUCAUGGCCACCCUUGAGCAGCCCGUGCCCGUCCAGCGCACCGCCAUCCCACGGUCCCGAUCAGCCCGCCUAACGAGUCAAGCUGCCACCGCUGCCCUCUAUGUGACCCACCCGGAGCGCAGACUAUCCGUUCGCGAGCCCUCUGCCGCCGAAACCGAAUUAUCCACUUUGAAGGCAACCGGCUCCCGCCCUGGCUUCAGCCAUGCGUCUGCAGUAGCCGCUCUCGCCCACGCUAGGUCCAGAGGACAGGUCACGAAAGAAACAGCCGCUGCACAGGAUGCUGGCGACAAUCGCCUGGCCGAGGGGCCAAGUCUGGAAGGGUAUAAGGCGGCGGCAUUCGUUUUCAAGGACCGUCAAGCAGUCUCUAGUGUCCCUACCGUGUCCCCAGUCUUGAAAUAUGACAUAACCGGAUCAGGUCAGACGGCGGACGCAUACCUAGGAGCCACAGGCCGAGACAGGGCCCUUCAUGCCGCGACGGGGGCGCUAUAUGCCAACCGGAAGAGAUCUGACUCUGCACCAUCCGAGGCACCUCGCGCAGGCAUGGACGCCGAUGACGUCCUCGGUGACAUCGGCAGCGCCAUGGAAGCCAGUAGGAUUCAACACAUUUCCAAUACCAACGCUCGGCUCUACACGGCUUCCCCACCAGUCGCGCCCGAGGUAGAGGAAUACAAACGGAAGAGCAUCCUGCAAGCCGCCGCAGUAUCUAUGGCGCGCGACAUGUAUGCGGUUGUCGAAGCCAAGGAACAGGGACAGGUUGGCCUCAGUCGCAUACGCUCCCAGCGAUCAGUCACGGGAGCUGAGCCGAUGGCUCUGCAGCAGGCGUUCAGCUUACAGGAUAUGGCCCAGAAGCGUGCAGCGGAGAAACUGGCUAGCAUGCAGGACGAGACGGCAGUCUACCGCGAGUACUAUGGGAUCGAGCCGCAAACAACGCGCCCCAGCUUGCAGGUUCGCAGACGGAGAACGUCGAUAGACACGGACGUCUCUUCUGUUGAUGCAGAGCGAUCGAAGGAGAUAAGGAACCAGAUGUACAGCCUGCGAUCAAAGCUCGAUGCAGUGGAUGAGCGUAGAGAAAAGGACCGCGCACUUCUGAUGGAGGCGGCGAGGAAGAAUGUCGAUGCCGCCAUCCAAGACAUGGAGAUGCGUGUCUAUGCGGACACCGGGCGUGCUCCUGCUGCGAGGCAGAAGGCAAUGGAAGAGGCCGCCUUAGCCCACGCAAAACAGGAAAGACAGGAAACGACGACGCAGUACCCGUUGGCCGACCGCGUGAACAUCAGCUCCGGAAAAUACGUCGACAUGGCUGAUGUUGAGGCUCUUGCCCGUUCUAGACUGCAACCCACCUUUGACGAGAUUGCGGACCGCGCGGAAGCCCAGCGGGCAAGAGAACUAGAGCAACGCCUCGAUCAGGAAGAAGCGGAGAGACAGGAGGCCAUUGAGCGUGAACGGGAGGCCGAUACCAGGGCAGAAGAGAAACGGCUGAAAGCACUGUUGAAAUUGGAAUCUAAGUCUAGAGAAGAGAAGGCUUGGCUGUGGAGCAGGAAGUUGAAGCGCGCUUCUGACAAUGCACCGGACGAAAGAUAUACUGCAACAGGGGCCAUGGAUGGGGCAGCAGAUGAGGUACCGGCUGAGGCUAGGCCGCAACAGACCGACAAGGACGCUGGAGCUGCUGUUUCAGGUGCUGUCGCAGAAACCGGGUCUAGCGAGGCCAUGUCUAAAUCCGAGUCCAAGCUCAAGUCCUGGUUGAAGGGCAGGCUGGGACGGCGAUCCAGUGGCGGUACCGCUGAGCCUGCGAAGGGCGGCAAGGAUGAAAGCCCGGAAGGAGCCGGAGCAGUAGAUACCGAAGCAGCGACUCAGCCACAGGAAGCGGCUCAAGUGAGUGGAGAUGAGGAAGUCCAGGAAGCUCGGCCAAAACAGGAAACCGAAGGCGGGCAAGGAAGAACAUGGGACAUUGCCCAUCCAGCCGGGGAGGUCCCCGAAGUCCCAGAACUCCCUGCGGCCCCUGCAGUAUCUGCUACCCCCGCGGUCCCCGAGGCUUCCACGGAAGGCGCUGUCGAGGACGAGUCUCGACGAGCGCCGUUAAGGUCUCAUCCUGUAACGAGCAUGGACCUUCGUGACGUGCAGAUCAAGGUGCCGUCGGCCGAUGAAGGCCAUACGAAUGGAGCACAAGGCGAGGAUCAGGCGGCACAGCGCGCUUCCAAUUCCUUCGAAGAGCCAGCCGCGGACAGCAAGCGGAAAGGGCUGAUGUCCGGGUUCAAGAAGGUCGUCUCGAAGAAUGCCCCCGAGGCGAAGACGAACGGAGUCGGGAGCAACGACAUGGCUCGGAGAAGCUCCCAGGCCAUCCCCACCCUGGCAGUGGAGGCGGACCGCGGCGAGAGUGCCACGGAUCCAGGACUGACAGUGCCGGCUGCGACAAGCAAGCGAUUGAGCAGUGGCCGGGAGUCCCGGUUCUCUGAGAAGCUGUGAAUUUUGCCCUCUAUGGGUUGAACAUGUUGCUAUGUACGAUGAUGUAUGGAGUUUGUGUUUGUGUUUGUUUGUGUGUGUGUGUGUGUGUGUGUGUGUGUUAUUUAUGUCUUUUGGGGGGGGUAUCUGGUAUCUGGUCGGCGAGAUUGCUUUUGUCGGCGGCGAACAGGGUCGGGGGAGACAAAAGGCGUUCUUCAGGGAACCCGGUCCAUACGCACGUAAUACUGCCAUUUUGAUGGAUAAUGAUUGAUUGAUUGUUUUGAG